UUCUCCUUUCAUAAUAUUAAUAUAUUACACUUCGCAAAGUAAACACGUUAUACUUUAUUAGUCCAUUACCCGCCUCUGUUCUUUCUUUCUCCAUUCUCCACUAAGAAACGGAAAUUGGAACACAACUAACUAUGAUGAUGGCUGAUAAUAGUGAUAAUACUUCACUACCGCCGGAAAAAACCGAAAGCACGUCGAGCCUCGCCACGCUCCACUCCGACAUCAUCCACGCGCACAUCCUCACACGCCUCGACGGCGCCACGCUGGCAUCCGCCGCAUCCGUAUCGUCCCUCAUGCACCGCCUCUGCACCCAAGACGAUCUCUGGCGCGAAAUCAGCACCGCCACGUGGCCCUCGCUCCAAAACCCCAUCGCUCGCCACGUCAUCUCCGCCAUCCCCGGCGGCUACCGGUCCAUUUUCUCCGACGCCUUCCCUUCCCUCCACAACUCCUCCUUCCGCCGCCACCGCCCGCCUCCGCCGACGCCGGAGCUCAUCUCCGCCGUGGACAUGUACUACCAGGGAAAACCCGUGUUCUCGCGCGUGAUACGCACGGAAACGCAGAAGAACUGGUUCUUCGCCUCGCCGCUGUGGAUAGACGCGCUUCAACACAAAGAGUUAAUUCCUACGACAGUGAAGUUUGCGAGGAAGGACGAGGAAUGGCUGAAGCACUUGGAGGAGAAUCUGAGCGUGAGCUGGAUUAUUGUGGACCCCACACGGAAGCGUGCGGCGAACGUAUCGAGCCGGAGGGCGGUGUUGGCACAGCGGCACUGGCUGACGCGGGAGGUAGAGGUGGUAUACGCGGCGGAGAUGGCGGGGGAGCGGGGGGGCGCGACGGAGAGGGUGCAGUGCCUGGUGAAGGUCACGUGCUGCGGGAAAGUUGGAGGGGAGUUGCACGUGAGGGAGGUGAAUUUGGUGAUGGAGGACACGGAGGGGAGGCGAGUGAGUGGGAAGGAGAGUGUGGAGAUUCUGCAGAGAGCCAUGGAGAACGGAGAGAGGAAGAGAGUGGAUCACGUGAGGGAUAAAGAUAGGUUUAUGAAAUUCACGUGCUUGAUGAAGGAGAGAAGAGAAAGGAAGUUUAGGAGGGAGAAGGCACGCGAUCUUGUUUCUACGUUCUUGGCUUUAGUUGCUCUUCUCUUGUUCUGUUUCCUCGCUGGAUUCUGAGCUUUCAACUUUUCAAAUUCAACCUCAUUUUUUUUUCUCACAUGUCUUUUUCUUAAAAGAAAAUCAUAUUCCAAACACAUUUAGAUACUAAAUAUGAUUUAUUAUAUUUAAUCUCUUUAUACUCAACCCAUUGAUAAAUUCAAAGUCAUUUAGAUCCAUUAGUACUAAAUGAGAUUAUAGAUUCACUUUUAUUCAUUUUAUUCGCACUGUAAACAAAAUUCAGAUUACACAAAUCGUUCAUCAUUACAUGAACAUACAGAUUCUAGGUUCAUAUAUCAUGAUGUUAUACAUUCACCGAUCCAAAUUGGUUUAUGAUAAAAGCUUUGUUAUUCUUGUAUUUAUCAUUCAUUUAUUUCCUUUUAAGUGGAAAGUGAUGCAAUUAGUUUUCGUUUUC